UUGGUUUAUGUUUUACGGUAAAGCAUGGCGACCUCCUUGCCACUCGUGAGCUCAGCUAGCUAGAAUGUUCUAGCACGUUCACGUUUCUGUUUAUAACGAGCUAUAAAAGACACGUGCCCAUUCAUUCAUUCAUUCAUUCAUUCAUUCAUUCAUUCAACACCGUUUAGAGGCUCUACGAGUUUUUCACAUCAUGGCGGAAAACAAUCAGAACAGGAGAUAUCCCCAGAACCUCCAGGGGGUCCUCCAGCUCGCUAUGGAUGCUGGGUCAGCCGCAGAGGGACCUGCCCCUGUUGAACCCAUGUCAGAGGAGAGGAAAACAUGGCUGAGAGAAGCUCUUGCAGAAGUCGCCAAAGGACAGAUGGAUGAGGUGGAACAGAUGAAGCAGUGCUUGGCUGUCUUGCGCAAAGAGGAAACGAGUGAAAGGGAACGAGAAGGAGAGGAAGAGAUGGAUGAAGAGGAUGAGGAUGAGCGUGAAUCAGCCUUUGAGGUGCUGUCAGAGUUGUGUGAGAACCUGGACAAUGCUAGAGACCUGAUGAUUCUUGGUGGAUUGGAACUGUGCCUCUCCAAGUAUCUGUGUCACGCCCAAAGUGGACUGAGGUGGCGUGCUGCCGAGCUUAUAGCUUCCUGUGCUCAGAACAUGCCGCAGGUGCAGGUCCACCUGCUCAGCAUCGGGGCGCUGCCGAAACUGCUGCAGCUGACAGACUCAGACCCCCACCCCACCGUCAGAGUAAAAGCUCUUUACGCUGUUUCGUGUCUGGUUCGUGAGCAGGAGGCAGGACUCCAGGCAUUCUUGACCCACGAUGGCUUCUCAGUGCUGAUGCGAGGCAUGCAGUCGGAGAACGAGAAGCUCAGAACCAAGUCUGCAUUCCUUCUGCUCAACCUGCUGACGUCACAUCCCGAACAGAAAGGCACAGUUGUCUCCAUGGGGAUGGUACAGCAGCUGGUAUCUGUUCUCCGCACACCACACUCACCUUUCCAUGAACAUGUGCUCGGCGCCCUUUGCUGUCUGGUAGAAGACUGUCCACAGGGUCUCAAAGACUGCAGGAAUCCUACUCUGGGUCUGGAGGAGUUUCUCAGACAGCGAUCCAGAGAGCUCCAAGGAAAAGAAGAGAGUCAGGAAGAACUGGACUUCUGCGAGCGUUUGAGGGUUGCAUGUUUCCGUGGGCAGCAGUCAGAAGAUAAUGGGAUGGAUCGUUGAAGUUUUAUUAUUCACCUUGUUUACUCUCAGUGUGCAAAGAUGUAACAGGACAUUCAUGAUCUGAUUCAUGGAUGCUAAGUAAUGUUUUUAUCUGUUACAACAGAUGCUGUCCAUAGAUUGAAUAUAAUCCAGGAGAUGGAUUUUACUGUGUAAAUAACUCAAACUAUAUAUAACUCUGUAUAAAAUACUUUUUCAAGUCAGCUGUUAUUUUAGUCCACUGUUUUCAGUUCUCCUUUACCCUGAAUCAAAGAUAGCAUGUAAAGUAUUUUCUUUUUCCGUGAUUAUUAUUUACAUCCUAAUGUCAAUAUAGUUACACAUACAGCUAAUUUUUAAUUAUGUCUGAGAUAAAGUAUAAUCAUUUUAUUUUAUUGUCUGUUAAAAGAAUUAUGGACAUUGUUUUAUUUUUUUUACACCAUAUUUAUUUAUUAUUAACACAAUAAAUGUAUUAAAUUUCAUGUAAACUACAUGUAAUGGCCAGCUCACAAUGGAAAAACAAAGCAACCACAUGCAUCAUUUACAAAUACACCUGGAUGUCACUGAUUAAAAUAUUUUGGCACAAAUCACAGAA